UCUUUUAAUGCAAUGCAAAAAGCCCACCAUUUUUACAAAAGCUUCAAAGAAAAUAUAUUGGCGGGGUGGCUCUGGUUUAAAGCCAUUGAACUUCAUGGAAACAAUAAAAAUUUCAAGACACAAGCGGUCUAACAGUGAUCCACUUAAAAGAAAAUAUGGGGAUGAUAAAUUGAAUAACACCCUUGAAGCAUCUUACCACCUUAAGCUGAAGGAAAUGGGACAGCAUAAGCACUCUGUUGAAGCCAAGAAGAGGCAACCACCUAAUGCCGAAGUCCAAAAUUCAUUAAAGCAAGAGAUUGUACAGCUUCAAGAAAGAUUAAAUCAGGAAUUUGUGGUACGACAUGCAUUGCAGAAGGCAUUAAGUUAUAGGCCAUUUUCCCAUGAUACUGUGACAGACAAAUCAAUCCCCAAGGAUGCCAAGGAACUGAUCAGGGAUAUAGCAGUUUUGGAAAUGGAAGUUGUGUAUUUAGAACAUUAUCUUCUUUCUCUAUACCGGAAAAAGUUUGAUCAAAGAGUAUCCUCUUUACCGACCAUGGAUGAAAGAUUAAAUCUAGCUACAUCAACUGAUGAGGGGAUGUUUUCAGAAUUUUGUCGAAGUGAUAUUACUUCAGAAAAAGAGAAUUCUGUUGUUCAAACUAGUAAUCUAAAGCCUUAUGAAAAUUCAUUUUGCAAUCCUCCAAAGGAAGGCAAUGGCAUUUGGGGAGCACAGAAACUUUUAGAUUCUGGCAUUCAUCGGAGCCACUCAUCACUGUCUCAACGUUCAGCUUGUUCAAUUAGAACUUCCCCUCCAUUAAAAUCUUUAGCUAAAGCUGUAGACUCGUACCAUUCCCUACCUUUGUCAAUGUUGGAGCAAGCUCAGGCUGAUGCUCCGAAUGGAAUCAGCUUGGCGGAGCAUUUUGGGACAAGUGUUUCUGAUUAUGUUCCAGAUACACCAAACUGGAUAUCUGAGGAGAUGAUAAAGUGCAUUUCAGAUAUGUAUUGUGAACUUGCAGACCCACCUUUGAUGAAUCAUGAGUGCUCAUUCUCUCCUAUUUCAUACUCAUCAUCACUGAAUAUGUUUUCUUCACGAGGUCAGGGCGAUAUUUGGAGUCCACAGUGUGGGAGGUUUUCUUCCUUCAAUUCACACUUUGAUAACCCUUUUAGCAUUAGGGAAUCCAAGGAAUUCAGUGGACCUUACUCCACAAUGGCAAAGGUUGAAAGGAUUUGUAGAGAUGAUAAAAAAUUAAAAGAAAUUGAACAUAAGCUGCAGUAUUAUAGGUCACUUGUUUAUCGUUUGGAAAAAGUUGAUCCAAGAAGGAUGAAACAUGAGGAGAAGCUAGCUUUCUGGAUCAAUGUGCACAAUGCUCUGGUGAUGCAUGCAUUUUUGGUUUAUGGAAUUCCCAAAAAUAAUCUGAAAAAAGUAUCUUUACUACUCAAGGCUGCAUAUAAAGUGGGAGGCCAAACCAUAAAUGUAGAAAUGAUUCAAAGUUCUAUUCUGGGAUGCCGAAUCCCACGUCCAGGACAAUGGCUGCGUUUUCUAUUUUCUUCCAAGGCAAAAUUUAAGGUUGGAGAUGCACGAAAAGCUUAUGCAAUUGAGCACCCUGAACCUCGUUUGCAUUUUGCACUUUGUUCAGGAAGUUAUUCUGAUCCUGUGGUCCAUGUAUACACACCCAAGAGAGUUUUCCAGGACCUGGAAACAGCAAAAGAAGAGUACAUUCAAUCAAACUUCAGCAUAAACAAGGAGCAGAAAGUUCUUUUGCCAAAGAUGGUAGAAUCUUUUGCAAAGGAUUCAGAUAUGUGCUCAGCUGGUUUGCUUGAGAUGAUUAAGCAUUCCAUGCCAGAUUCUUUCAGGAAGAACAUUCAACUAUCUCAACACAAGAAAACUGGAAAGAUCAUUGAGUGGAUACCCCACAACUUCACAUUCCGUUUUCUGCUAUCAAAAGAACUGGCAUAGCAAAACACCUCCGCAGCCAGCGGCCGAGAACCUCCUCUACUACAAGAAUUAUCUUUACAUUUCACUAGUUUGCUAGCUUGGUAGAUUAGAAUGACAGAAGAAUCACAACUAAACUUCUUGUUACAUCAGGCUUUAGCUGAGGGCUGAGCUUGUUUGAUUCAGGAGUUUUUUUCCA